CGACCACCCGAGCUUCCAAACGAUAAACUCUCUGCUGCAACUCGACCGCGGUGUUUAGCGAGACUCCUCAAAGACGACGCUCUACGCCGCGGCCUCUCUUCUCCCGCCCGAACCCUAGUACCUUUUUCUUCACCCUCCCUCCACCUCACUGGAUUUCUCUACCACCCGGACGCACCGCGCCCUUCACCUCCAUCUCUUCCGAGGCGGUGAUCGAGCAGCGGGAGGAGCGGCAGCCAACUGCGUCCGAGGAGGGUGGGUACCACGACCUCCUCGGAAACGAUGUUUAGUCUAUAUGGAGUUAUUAUAACGCUGGUUUUCAUAAGGCCAUUAGCCAUGGAGCUCAUAAGAAGAUGAAAGAUAUUUAAAGCUUCAUCAGAGGAUGACAAAUUAUACGGUUCAUGGAAAUGCACUCUGGUGGGCCCGACAGCAUUGCAUGUGACCCACGAGGGCGUGGGCUCCCCCACGCUUGCGCCAACGAAAGGGGAAGCCCACGUGGUCCCACGAUCCGCGUCUGCAUCGCUUCCGUUGUUCCCCUCUUUCUUUAUACUCCGUGCUCCUCUUCCUGCGCAAUCGCCGACCAAAAUGGCUUUAUGAUUCACUUACGAUUUGGGUUCUUCUGGGCGGUGUCUUUGUCAGAUGAUGCGUUGCUGAAAGUUAUGGGCAACAUUCGACGACAGAAAGCCACACCUGUCAGUCCAAAGUUUGAAGAAGAUGAGCGUCAAUGGAGCAAUCACUUUCUCAGGCAACCAAUUGUGAGCUCCUGGAAGUCUUUCUACCUUCGCAGAAUCUGUUCUUUUCUUGGAGACCUGGAUUUACUGAACUCCCCCCUUUACCUGGCAAGUUCCACAAAGGUUAAACAAUACAUGAACCUGUCCCCUUGUCUCUCUUUUCAAGUCUUCUCACAUUCGAACUGCAUGAUACUCCCCCAUUGUCUAUUAAAGCUCACCUGCCAUUCCCUGAACCCAGCAGCAGAAGUAUAUCUUAUUCUUCCAGAGCUUCAGCAGUCUCUCUUCUCUCCGUUCAUCCAUUCCUGAACCUCGCUUCCCCCAAAACAUCAAGGCCAAGUAAGGGAACAGAGAGAGCUAAGCAAUAAAGACUCUACCUUUGGAGGAGAAGAGCAGAGAAGGCAGGGAGACGGAGUGUCAUCAUCGGUAAUAAGAGAGAGAUGAUGCGAGGUACCAACACCCUGAUAGGGGCUGUGAACUUCGUGACGUUCCUGAUAUCGAUUCCUAUCCUGGCUGGCGGCAUAUGGCUGAGCGCCAAGGCCAACUCCACCGACUGCCUCCGCUUCCUCCAGUGGCCGCUCAUCAUCAUCGGCGUCGCCAUCAUGGUCAUCUCUCUCAUGGGCUUCGCCGGAGCUUGCUACCGCCUCGCGUGGCUGCUCCGCCUAUACCUUUUCGCCAUGUUCUUCGUCGUCACCGCGCUCCUUGGCUUCGUUGUCUUCGCCUUCGCUGUCACCGACCGUGGACAGGGCCAGGUCGUUAUGAACCGCGCCUUCCUCGAGUACCAGCUCUCGGACUACUCCGGCUGGCUCAAGGACCGCGUCUCCGACCCCGGGUACUGGGCCAAGAUCAGCGCCUGCCUCCGCGAAGGACAUGCAUGCUCCAAGAUGACGAGAUACUCCCGAGAUCCCACCACAGGGCUGCUGGUACCUGAGUCUCCGGAUAUGUUUUACCGGAGGAAUCUCUCCCCCAUCGAGUCUGGGUGUUGUAAGCCUCCAACAGCAUGCGGCUAUACAUACAUAAAUGAGACAUUCUGGGCCGCAGAGGCAGGGAUGGUUGUGAAUGACAUGGACUGCACCAGAUGGAGCAAUGAUCAGCAGUCGCUGUGCUACCAGUGUGACUCGUGUAAGGCUGGGGUUCUUGCAAGCAUCAGGCAUAGCUGGAGAAAGGUCUCCAUGAUUAACAUUGUUGUGCUCAUAAUCCUUGUCAUUGUCUAUGUGAUUGGCUGUGCCGCAUUCAGAAAUGCAAAAAGGGCAGACAAUGAUGAGCCCUUUGGAGAGAACAGGAUGUCUAAAUCUAGGCCUAGCCGGUUCCAGUUUUAGACAGGUAUGUAGAUCAGUGCUGUUAUGUACAAUAGAGACAUUUUGGAUGCUUGAAGGUUUGAUUAAACUUUUAAAAAGUUCAUAUUUGUAGCACAGCGGAAAGGCUUCAUCAAAUUUCAACUGGCUGCGUUUCCCAUGUAGUAUGUAGUAAUAGUUCAAUUUGUCUCAGUUUUCUUUUGUAUGCUACACAGUCCUCAGUCAACCGCACUUCAAAUGUUGUCUGCAAUCUUCAAUAUUCUGUUGCUUGUGUCAAACUUUGUAUACCUGGAAAAUGCUUCAUUAGUUUGUAUGAUCUGCAUAUUUAACUUCACUAAGAAGCCAGUGAAGUUUGCAGGACUUGUUAUAGUUUUCUUCUAAACUUGGCAAUCGAAUGUUAUCAAAUCGCCAAAUCCAACGUCCAUACUAG